AUGAUAUUCAUUUUAUAUUUUACAGACGUCUCCAUCCUUACGCUUAUUUUUACAACGGUUUUUCAAGGAUCUUUGGCUGCUAUUUCUUGUUUUUCCUGUCCGGACAGAAUCGCAUAUCCUCGGGAUUGUCCGUUUGUAACUCAAUGUGGGGAUCACGAGAUUUGUUACAUUGACCAGUUCAUAACUCCAGAUGGACAUAUAUUCUACAGGAGCGGUUGUCGGUCAAAAUCUAUUUGUGGACUGAAUGGUAAGCGUGACGCCCCGGGGGUGAGGAGACAAGUCGGGGAGGGGGGAGAGAUCAAAACCUGUGAGGAAUGUUGCAAUUCUGAUCACUGUAACUAUGGAGGCUGUGGACAGCCGGCCCUCCCUCCAAUGGGCAAAAGAGGACCAAUUUGCUACAAUUGUUUCCAACAACAGAUUGAGGAUGGAUGCAACAAAGUGACCGUGUGUCCCGAAGAUUGUGAAUGUCACAUCAUGCGGGCACCUGGGGUUCAAUAUGAUUUGGCCUAUACUACAGGAUGUGUUCGCAAAUCGACAUGCCAAGCAUCGGGCCACGCUGUGGUUGGUAGAGGGAUGAGCGAGCACAACUACAACUUAGCCCCCAGAGAAGUGGAGAAGCGUGCUGGAUUCUGCUUCACCUGCUGUCCAAACGAUAUGUGUAACCGUAACUGUUCCAUGGCGCACUCUCAUGCGGCUUCAACGACGGCUUCACCAACCUCAACAUCCGUAUCUUCUUCAAUGGCGUCUUCUACAGCAACCACAACCAAUAUAAUAUCAACAGCAUCAACAACAUCCAAAACAACAACACCCACAUCAACACAAUCCUCUACAACAGCGAGUACCCCUACUUCACCUACAACAUCAGCGACCACUUCCACAACAUCAGCAACAACUACUAGCACAGUAACCACCACCACCACAACAACAACGAUGUCAACUACUACAGCGACACCUAAAUGCCCCUCUGAUUUCAAGCAGUACUUGAACCACUGCUACUAUUUCUCCACCGAAAUAAAAUACUGGAGAGAGGCCGGCCAGAUCUGUAAAGUAAAGGGAGGUUACUUGGUAAAGAUUGAAGACCAGCUAGAGGAAAAUUUCAUCCGGAGUUCUAUUCAACCUCUUGUAGAUAAUAAUCAAAUGCCAAAUUAUGUGUGGGGGUACUACAUCGGAGCUCACUUGGUACAGGGGCAAUGGCAGUGGAGUGACGGGGUACCAGUCAAUUACACAAACUGGGGAACCAACGAACCGGACAAUCCGGGAGAGCAGAACUUUGGGUUAAUCUUCCUUCCUGGACAUUACGUGGGGGACUACAAAUGGGGCAGUCAUAAAGACAUGCAAGGAACAUCGCGUUAUAUAUGUGAAAAAGAUCUGAUUUAAUAAAAGUGGGACAAACCUAGAA